CAAACGGACGCUGGGCGCAGCAGAAACUCCAGCGAUCUGCGCCCUCACAACCGCGCGCGAUUCCUCUCCUCUUUUCCCGAGCUCCCGCGGCGGCAGCAGCAAUGGAGACCCUCCUCUCCCCCUCCACAUUGUUCACCCCUCUCCGCGGCACCAGGAGCGUCUCGGCCAGGUCCACCGUCUCCUGCGCCGCGCUCAAGAAGCAGCAGCAGGCGGCGGCUCUCGCCGCUUCCGCCUCCUCCCAUGGGUACUCCGGCAGCGGCGGCGGCAGGAGCUGGGUGUCGUUCCUGCACCACGGCCUGGCGGCGGCCGCGCUGUCUCUGGCCAUCAGCCUGGGCCCGGCGCCCGCGCCGGCCGUGGCAUCCGAGUUCGACGUGCUGAACGACGGGCCCCCCGUGGACUCGUACGUGGUGGACGACGCCGGCGUGCUGAGCCGCGUGACCAAGUCCGACGUCAAGCGGCUGGCCCGCGACCUCGAGGAGCGCAAGAACAUCCGCCUCAACUUCAUCACCGUCCGCAAGCUCACGAGCAAAGCGGACGCGUUCGAGUACGCGGACCAGGUGCUGGAGAAGUGGUACCCGACGAUUGAGGAGGGCAGCAACAAGGGCAUCAUCGUGCUCGUCACCAGCCAGAAGGAGGGCGCCAUCACCGGCGGCCCCGCCUUCGUCCAGGCCGUCGGCGACCAGAUCCUCGACGCCACCGUCUCCGAGAACCUCCCAGUGCUGGCGACGGACGAGAAGUACAACGAGGCGAUCUUCAGCACGGCGAAGCGGCUGGCGGCGGCGAUCGACGGGCUGCCGGACACGGGCGGCCCGUCGUUCAAGGAGAACAAGAGGGAGUCCAACUUCAAGACCAAGGAGGAGACGGAGGAGAAGCGCGGGCAAUUCACGCUCGUCGUCGGAGGCCUGCUCGUCAUCGCCUUCGUCGUGCCCAUGGCGCAGUACUACGCCUACGUGUCCAAGAAGUGAGCUGAGUCCUAGCGUGCUGUACAGUAAUUUUACACCGAAGAGGAAAAGUUCAUUUCCCACUCUCAGGGUGAGCAGAGCUUUCUUCUGUUGGAGGAAUUCUUAGAGGUGAACGGAGAAUGGUUAAUUUUUCCUGCGGUAGCAUAUAUACAAAUAAUAACUGCAUAUAUUUUUAUGUUUUCA